UCUAAUUCGGGUGGGAGUCGGCAGCCGCGAUGUCGAAUGCAGUUGCCGUUUGACCAGGUCAGGACCAGGCUGACAUCGCAGGCUAGGUCUUCCAGAACCGCCACAGCUGUGCUUGACUGCGUAGCGCUAAUGUUUGGUUAGUACGAUUCAAUAUUCCAGUCGAUAACGAACACUGGUGUCUCCCCAACACAGGUGUAGAAAUACACAAGUCCUGUCUCACUACGGAAGAUGCAGUUUCAGCGCAUACACGCACUCCCCUCCCAAAUGCGGUUGCUAGUGCUAUCUUACCGUCCCAGUAUUGUCCGUGGCACUGGAUUGACCGUCCGUCAUACUUUCCAGCGAUCACAACAUACUGCUCCUUCUGUUUUACAGUCGCUCAAAAGCAAUAAACCACCCACGCGGCUAUGGCGUAAUCUCGCAUGGCUCAUUCCCGUGACUGGCGGUGUCGCACUUUACCUCUAUCCUAGCCAACAGCUCCACCUUCCUUCCAUCUUUUCCUCGCCAACCCUUAUUCCAUGUACAACACGCGAUUUAGACGUACCAGCAAGAGAACAUAUAAUUGGAUCACCAGCGGAACCCCAUAUGUCUAUUCCAUCGCGGAUAUUAUCUUUGAUGCAGGAACACUUGUGGGAACCUCUGUUAACGGCACGAAGAUUCGUUCACCUCUUCUAUCUGUUCAUACCUGUCAUCAUUACCAUGCCUAUGCUUUUGGUGGGGAAGCCUGAACGUAGGUAUAAGGGUGACAAGUGGGGUGCCGUUUGGUGGUACGGAUUUCUUGUCAAGAGAAUGCAGACCGCCGGGCCAACGUUCAUCAAGCUUGCGCAAUGGGCGGCAUCGCGUGCUGAUCUCUUCCCGUCAUUACUUUGCGAGAAAAUGGGGGCCUUGCACUCGCGCGGCAAGCCUCAUUCACUCAUGCAUACCAAAAAGGUCAUUGAAAGGGCUCUUGAACGACCCUUCGAUGAGGUGUUCGAAGUUUUUGAUGAGAAUCCCAUAGGAGUCGGCGCCAUUGCACAGGUCUACCGGGCAACUCUCAAGCAUGACCUUAUACCUCCCUCUUACCUUGGUCCAAAACGCCAAGCCAAGUCAUCCGCAGGUUCGCUAGCCCCCGUUAUCCUGCAAGACCCUCCACCUUCAGUACCUACUGCAUCUGUCGCCAUCAAAGUCCUACAUCCCCGCGUCGCCAAGGACAUUGCGCACGACCUAUCCAUAAUGUCGUUCUUUGCGCGCGUCAUUACCCUUUUUCCUGGCAUGGAGUGGUUAUCACUCUCAGAGGAGGUUAGCGUCUUUGGUGAAAUGAUGCGUCGACAACUCGACCUCAGAAUCGAGGCAGAGAACUUGUUGACAUUUGAGAAUAACUUUGCUCCGAGAAAUGUGCCCGUGUCAUUUCCACGACCUUUGAAGACGUUUUCGACUGCCGACCUACUUGUCGAGGAAUACGAGAAUGCUCUGCGUAUGGAAUACUUUCUGAAAAAUGGAGGUGGGCCAUUUGAUGAUCAGUUGGCUACCGUCGGAUUGGAUGCUUUCUUGAACAUGCUCUUGCUUGACAACUUCGUGCACUCCGAUCUUCAUCCAGGCAACAUCAUGAUCAAAUUCACAAAGCCUCCAACCACCCGUGACCUCCUUAUGAGCAUGUAUUCCUCAUUUUUUCCACAAAAGGGCUCCCCCGAAGCUCUCGUCGAGCACCCGCUGGAAUCUGAUGAAUUAGUAGCUCGACUACGCUCCCUCAGACAUUCCCCUGAGGAGUGGCGAAAGGAACUCAACAUUUCAUCGGAGCAAGGUUAUAUUCCUGAAAUCGUCUUUAUCGAUGCUGGUCUCGUGACAACGCUUAACACGACAAACCGCAAGAACUUCCUCGACCUUUUUAGGGCCGUCGCCGAGUUCGAUGGGUACAGGGCUGGCCAGCUGAUGGUCGAACGUUGCCGGACUCCCGAACUUGCGAUUGACACCGAGACUUUUGCGCUGAAGAUGCAACACAUCGUUUUGAGCAUCAAGCGGAAGACGUUCUCGCUUGGGCAGAUCAAGAUUUCGGACAUCUUGACCGACGUUUUAACGGCUGUGCGGCAGCACCAUGUCAAGAUGGAGGCGGAUUUCAUUAAUACGGUUAUCUCAAUAUUACUUCUUGAAGGUAUUGGAAGACAACUGGAUCCGAGCCUAGAUUUGUUCAAGAGCGCAUUGCCAAUUCUGCGACAGCUCGGACGGCAGAUGACAACUCAAGAAUCGAUGACACAGUUACCCUCAGGUAACUUUGGAGCGUUGUUGAAGGUCUGGUUGUGGGUAGAAGCUCGUCAAAUGGCCUCGGCAGCAUUCAUUGAUGUUGAUGAGUUGGUCAAAUAUGACUUGCUUGUCCCGACUGUAUGACGCGGAGUCUUCAAAGAUAUCUUCACGGCGUCCUGUAGCAUAAUAGCAAUAAUGGGAAUAUAGACACAACUCACGCAUGCAUACAUAUUACAUAGACUUUAGAGUACAUCACCACUUCAAAUAUUGCGAUCGCCGAA